GCUGGGUUUUCACCUCAGCCGGCACUCAUGCUCAACCUAGGCAGGGCCGGGCAAGAGGGCCUAGCGGGAGGCUGGGUGAGGGUCGGAGGGCGCCGCCCCGCGCUUCGGCUAGGUCUGAGACGCGCCGGCCUCCCGCGGCUGUUCCGGAGAAGCGGCGCCCCCUCUCCGCCAGGACCCCGAGGCAGGGGUUUCCCCCGCCGCCUCCUCGGAGCGCCUCUUCCCGCUGUGCCCGCACCAGUCGGCCUGGCCCAGGGUCCCCGAAGGAAAAGCAUCUCCGCUGUUGUGGAAAAGGGCCACAGCGUCCUUUUGUCACCGACCGGGCGAUUGCAGUGCGUUCCGGUCAUUUUUUCCAGGACACUUUCUGUCUUCAUGAGAGGGACUUUGAGGAGGCAAAGCUGGUGGCUGGGUUACUGAUGGAUUCUUCUCAGCACUUAGUGACCUUUGAGGAUGUGGCUGUGGACUUUCCCCAGGAGGAGUGGACUUUGUUGGAUCAAACCCAGAGAGAUCUCUACAGAGAUGUGAUGUUGGAGAACUACAAGAAUCUCAUUAUACUAGGUAAUGAAUUAUGCAAACCCUGUUUCAUGUCUGGAUUGGAACAAAUGGAAGAGCUGAGGACAGGAGUGACAGGAGUUCUGCAGGAAUUGGAUUUGCAACUCAAAACCAAAGGCUCCCCACUGCUGCAAGAUAUUUCUGCAGAAAGAUCACCAAAUGGAAUACAAUUGGAGAGAAGCAAUACUGCAGAGAAACUCUAUGACUCUAACCAUUCUGGAAAAGUCUUCAGUGAACACCCAUUUCUUAUGACUCACAUGAGAACUCACAUUGGAGAGAAAACUUCUGAGGAUAAUCAGAGUGGAAAAGCCUUAAGAAAGAACUUUCCUCAUAGUUUUUACAAGAAAAGUCAUGCUGAGGGGAAAACGCCUAAGUGUGUUAAACAUGAAAAAGCCUGCAACCAGUUUCCGAAUCUUACUAGGCAGAAUAAAACUCACACACAAGAGAAAUUGUGUGAAUGCAAAGAUUGUUUUAGAACUUUUCUUGAUCAGUCAUCCCUUAAGGUACAUAUAAUAUCUCACAGUGGAGACAAACACUAUGUAUGUAAGGAAUGUGGGAAAGCCUUCAGUAAUUCCUCACACCUUAUAGGACAUGGAAGAAUUCACAGUGGAGAGAAGCCUUAUGUCUGUAAAGAAUGUGGUAAAGCUUUCACUCAAUCCACAGGACUUAAAUUACACAUCAGAACUCACACUGGAGAAAAACCAUAUAAAUGUAAAGAGCGUGGGAAAGCCUUCACCCAUUAUUCAUAUCUUACUGAUCAUACAAGAAUUCACAGUGGAAAGAAGCCCUAUGUAUGUAUGGAAUGUGGAAAAGCGUUCACUGGAUCCACAGGACUUAUUUUACACAUACGAAUUCACACUGGAGAAAAGCCAUAUGAAUGUAAGGAGUGUGGAAAAGCUUUUAUUCAUUCCUCAUACCUUACAAAACAUGUAAGGAUUCACAGUGGAGAGAAGCCAUAUUUAUGUAAGGAAUGUGGGAAAGCUUUUACUCGUUCCUCAGGACUUGUUUUACACAUGAGAACACAUACUGGAGAAAAGCCCUAUGAAUGUAAAGAAUGUGGGAAACCCUUUAAUAAUUCCUCAAUGCUUAGUCAACGUGUAAGGAUUCACACUGGAGAGAAGCUGUUUGAAUGCAAGGAAUGUGGGAAAGCUUUUGCUCAAUCUUCGGGUCUUAGUACCCAUUUAAGAACUCACACUGGAGAAAAGGCCUAUGAAUGUAAGGAAUGCGGUAAAGCAUUCGCUUGUUCCAAAAAUCUUAAUAUGCACAUGCGAAAGCACACAGGAGAAAAGCCUUAUGCAUGUAAAGAAUGUGGGAAGGCCUUCAAGUAUUCCACAUGCCUUAAUGUUCACAUGCGAACUCACUCUGGAGCAAAACCAUAUGAAUGUAAGAAAUGUGGGAAAAACUUCACUCAAUCUUCAGCACUUGCUAAACAUCUAAGAACUAAGGCAUGUGAAAAAACCUGAAGUGUUCCUCAGAUCUUAGUAUUUACAUCUAAACUCAUCUGGAAAAAAAUCAUAUGAAGAGACGAGGUUUCAUCAUGUUGGCCAGGCUGGUCUCAAACUCCUGACUUCAGGUGAUUCACCCAUCUUGGCCUCCCAAAGUGUGAGGAUUACAGACAUAAGCUACCAUGCCCGCCCUUGAAAUGCUGUUUCUAAAAGGUAUAUGGAAGAACAAUAGACAAGGAUAAUCAAGACCCAGCUGAUAAAAAAGGUGGAAGAACUUGCCCUAAUGAAUAUCAAGAUUAAAACUGUAGUAAUUAAGAUACUGUCUUCCUCCCUCCCUCCCUCCCUUCCUUCCUUUUCUUCCUUUCUUUCUUUUCUUCCCUCUGUUGCCCAGGCUGGAGUAGAGUGGGCACGCUGCAGACUCCCUGCCUCUGGCUCCCGUGAUUCUCCUGCCUUGGCCUGCGGGCUGCCCGGGAUUGCGGGCACGCACCACCACCCCUGCCUGGUUUUUGCCCUUUGGCUGGAGGCGCGGUUUUGCCAUGUUGGCCAGGCUGGUCUCCAGCUCCUGACCUCGAGUGGUCUGCCCGCCUUGGCCUCCCGAGGUGCUGGGACUGCAGACCGACUCUAGCUCACUCGGUGCUCGGUGUUGCCGGGGCUGGAGUGCGGUGGCGUGUUCUUGGCUCGCUGCAGCGUCCGCCUCCCAGCCGCCUGCCUUGACCUCCCAGGGUGCUGGGAUUGCAGCCUCUGCCCGGCCGCUGCCCUGUCUGGGAGGUGGGGAUCGUCUCUGCCUGGCCGCCCAUCGUCUGGGAUGUGAGGAGCGCCUCUGCCCGGCCGCCCCGUCUGGGAGGUGAGGAGCGCCUCUGCCCAGCCGCCACCCAGUCUAGGAAGUGAGGAGCGUCUCUGCCUGGCCGCCCAUCGUCUGGGAUGUGAGGAGCGCCUCUUCCCGGCUGCCAUCCCAUCUAGAGAGUGAGGAACGUCUCUGCCCGGCUGCCCUGUCUGGGAAGUGAGGAGCGCCUCUUCCCGGCCACCCCAUCUGGGAUGUGAGGAGUGCCUCUGCCUGGCCGCCCAUUGUCUGGGAUGUGAGGAGCGCCUCUGCCCAGCUGCCCCGUCUGGGAAGUGAGGAGCGCCUCUGCCCAGCCGCCACCCCGUCUGGGAAGUGAGGAGCGCCUCUGCCCGGCCACCCCGUCUGGGAAGUGAGGAGCGCCUCUGCCCAGCCGCCACCCCGUCUGGGAAGUGAGGAGCGCCUCUGCCCAGCCGCCACCCCGUCUGGGAAGUGAGGAGCGCCUCUGCCCAGCCGCCACCCCGUCUGGGAAGUGAGGAGCGCCUCUGCCCAGCCGCCACCCCGUCUGGGAAGUGAGGAGCGCCUCUGCCCAGCCACCCCAUCUGGGAAGUGAGGAGCGCCUCUGCCCGGCCGCCCCGUCUGGGAAGAAGUGAGGAGCGCCUCUGCCUGGCCACCCAUCUGGGAAGAAGUGAGGAGCGUCUCUGCCUGGCCGCCCCAACUGGGAAGUGAGGAGCGCCUCUGCCCGGCCACCCAUCAUCUGGGAAGUGAGGAGCGCCUCUGCCCAGCCGCCACCCCGUCUGGGAAGUGAGGAGUGCCUCUGCCCAGCCGCCACCCCGUCUGGGAAGUGAGGAGCGCCUCUGCCCGGCCACCCCAUCUGGGAAGUGAGGAGCGCCUCUGCCCGGCCGCCCCGUCUGGGAAGAAGUGAGGAGCGCCUCUGCCUGGCCACCCAUCUGGGAAGAAGUGAGGAGCGUCUCUGCCUGGCCGCCCCAACUGGGAAGUGAGGAGCGCCUCUGCCCGGCUGCCCAUCAUCUGGGAAGUGAGGAGCGCCUCUGCCCGGCCGCCCAUCGUCUGGGAUGUGAAGAGCGCCUCUGCCUGGCCACCCCAUCUGGGAAGUGAGGAGCGCCUCUGCCCGGCCGCCCCGUCUGGGAGGUCUACCACGGAGGCCAGAUGCAAUGUGGGGGCUGGGCGUGGUGGCUCAUGCCUGUAGUCCCAGCACUCUGGGAGGCCGAGGCAGGUUGAUCACUUGAGGCUAGGAGUUCGAGACCAGCCUGGCCAACAUGGCGAAACAUAUGAAAAAUACAACAGACAAACCAACCAACCCAGUGACAACAAAACAGGUCUACCCUGGAGUCAUAGUCUAAUUUUUUCUAUUUUCCUCCCUUUCUGAUCCUUUAUCCCACUUGCUUUUUCUUCCUCUUCCUUCUCCUUCUUCUUUGUCAAAUAGAGGAUUGAGUUAUUAUCUUGAUCCAUACAAAGUCCCUCUCUCAUUUAUUUUCUUUAAUUCCCACCCCCCAUUUCUAUUCCCCGUCUUCCCAUGUGCAACCUUCCUAAUAUGUUUGAUAUGCAUCUUUUUGUUUGUAUGUAUUUUUAGAAAAUGUUUAUUGUUUUGUGUGCAAAAAAAUUAAUAAAAUUCCUUCUAGUCCUAUUAAAAAAAA